UUGAGCGACGGAGAGAGAUUCCGAGGGAAAGAGGGGUAGUGUCUGGAGUUGGGUUGUCUAGAGCUUCGUCAUAUCAUACUAGUUUUUGUUUCUAUCAAAUAACCUGCCUCCUUCAAAAAUAACGUUUUUGCGGUUUUAGAGACCACAAGAUUUUAAAAUGUUGAUUAAAGUUAAGACUCUAACUGGCAAAGAAAUCGAGAUAGACAUAGAGCCCACAGACAAGGUGGAGAGGAUUAAAGAAAGGGUGGAGGAGAAGGAGGGGAUUCCCCCUCAGCAGCAGAGACUCAUCUAUAGCGGGAAACAGAUGAAUGAUGAAAAGACAGCGGCAGACUACAAAAUCCAGGGGGGCUCGGUGUUGCAUCUGGUUUUGGCGCUAAGAGGAGGGGUCCUCCACAGUCCCAACAUUCAGCUGUCCCCCUUGUAAUCGCUCGUCUCGCUGUGACCACCUCGGAGUUUCUGUUGGCAGCACCAAACGCACAUUACCGGGCACACCGUCUACUCUGAGGUUCUGAAAAUCGUCUGCGCUAAUUUCACGCUGCUGAUGGAGCGUCCCUCUUUGAGUUCCUGUGUAGAAUAUGUUGUAGUCAGCUCCGCCUCCUGUCUUUGAGUUCCUGUGUAGAAUAUGUUGUAGUCAGCUCCGUCUCCUGUCUUUGAGUUCAGCGUGUUAAGAUGAGAAAGCACCAUGGCGCAGUUUGGUGAGUGCUGACUGAGAUGGUGACACUGCUUUUUUUUUUUUGUGAAAUAAAUCUGACCAAUCAGAGUGCGACAU